CCUCGACAAUGAUAAGUGAACAAUAUAAGAAUGAUAUCGCAUAUGCGAUGACUCCUUUUAAAUUGAUUACAUGGCUUAUCGGUGUAUGGCCACUUCAAGUUUAUAAUAUUUAUUCGCUAUUACGUUGUGUUUUCGGCAUUUGUUGUGCGAUUCUAUUUGUGGUUUUGCCUUCCAUGGAGCUAUACUUUGGCUGUACUGACAUAGAGAAGAAUAUAGACUGUCUGACACUAAUUUGUUGCGGAUUGCUCGGUGUACUGAAAAUGACAUGUUGUCUAAUGUAUGGGGUAAAUUCUUUCAUGAAUUACAAUCAAGAUAAUCGCAUUAACAUAACGAAUAGAGAUACAAUAUUGAAAUAUCCAAUUCCAUCGAAAUGUGUUCUGGAAUAUUUCAAUUUUCCAACGAGCAUGUUUAAAAUCUACUGUCUCAUCGAAAUUGUUAUACUAGUCACAGCAGCGACAGCAAAUCUUGGUAACGACGUAUUGUUUCUCAACAUUACAUUGCAUAUUUGCGGUCAAGUUAACAUUCUGAGGCUCCGUUUCAUGAACUUCGAUGUUACAAGUCCACGAAUAUAUGAUCGUUUCAAUGCGUUAAUUCAAAGACAUUGUUACCUGAUAAUGCUAGCCAGAAAACUUACCGAUUUAAUCAGUUUUGUUUUGCUAAUAGAACUAUUUCUAAUCGGCAUAUUAAUAUGUAUAAUUGGAUUUCAGCUCAUCCUCGCAUUGAAGGUCAAUGAUAUCGUUAUGAUAGGAAAAAGUGUAAUAACAUUAAGUGGCUUCCUAAUACAACUAACGUUAUUUAGCUCUAUCGGGAAUUAUCUGAAAUCUGAAAUGGAGGAUAUAGGACUCUCUAUUUAUCAAAGUGCUUGGUACAGUUUUCCUAGGAAAUUGACAAGAAACGUUAUCUUUAUUCUUAUGCAGAUUGGUGGAAUAACAAAGCAAGAUCUUUUGUUUGUUAAUAACGGUAUUAAUAAACAACUGAGAGAAAAAAUUGAGAGAAAAGUAUCGAACGGUGGAAUUAAUCGAAUAAUGGAACAACACGAAUCUUCUUUGCAAUUUGGAACUAUGACAUAAAAGAAUAGUUCUUUGAAGAGGAUAAGGAAUAUUGUUGAUAAAACUUAAGGACGUGGCACAUGAUGUGAUUUUUCCUGUUCAAGUCGCAUGCAAAACGCCUGACAAUCAUAUUGGUCGAAUUGUUAGAAAUUUUGAGCGGUGCGUGCUGCUGUGUUUACUAACAUUGAUGGUAAUUCUGAUGCUAUUUUUCUUGUA